CUAUUUAAUAACGCCUCUGCUCAGAUAAAACUCAUUAGAUUUCUGCACGUCGGCUCAGCAGUUUUUAGAUGGACAAAUUUGUAAUCAGGAAGACAAAAAGCGAGGGAACGGAAAAGAAAUGCCGUAGUAAUAAAGCAAAGGGACCAGCGGGACAGGCAACCCUUCAUUCCCUGAGGAGAGUAGUUGUUCUGGAAGAAAUAAAAAGAUGGAAGUGUGUAUUGGAAUUCCCACAUCAGACAAAGGAUAACUUGCUGGAAGCUCUGACAGAACUAAAGAAGAAAAUUCCUUCUGAAGAAGUGAUUCUUUCAACCAAAAUUGGUGAAGCAGUUCACAACCUGCAGGCACAUAAUGACAAAGAGGUAGCUGGCCUUGCACAAGAGGUUCAUACUCAGUGGGAUACAUUUAUAAAGGAAAAUCGAUGCAAACCAACUAUUGAAGUGAGAAGUGACGCUGUAACGGAGAAGUUACGCACCAAUGCUAGACGGCUGUUUUAUGAGGCACUUCAGGGAGAGGAUGACAGAUCUCUCGCAGAAUGCAUUGAACGUGAGAUCUUCCACGAGACCAAUCGUUUAAUCAACGUAAGAUAUCGCAGAACUGUUCGUGCACUUGUGUUUGCUUUAAAGCACAAGCCAGAGAUUGGUUCUCAAUUGAAGGAUGGAUCUGUAACAUUGAACGAGCUUGUGCGUCGUCAUAAGAAGUAGUGGAUCUUGCUAUAAUGCUGGUGUCAGGUCAUAUUGAAUUUUUUGCCUACUUUUGGAAUCCUCUAAGUAUGCCAGAAGUGCAGGUUCCUGUAAAUAAUGACAUCAUUAUGCAGGCUAUCCUGGUCCCUCUACUGAAUUUUCUCACCUGGGAUUGUUCCUGUGUGUGCAAGAGAUACUCUGGAUGCACCUCUAAUUUUGCACAAACAACAUCCCUUAGGAAAUGUAAAAAAGUAAAGUAGGCUUUUAUUAUGAUAUUCAGGAUAUUUUUAUAUUUGCAAAGGCUGUAGCCGCACAUUUUUAUACAUUUUUUUAAUGUAAUAAAUGGUUUUCAUAUGUAA